AUCCUUCUGUGCCUCUCCUCUCUACCCUCAAUUCCUUUCUGGACUCACUAGGAGAGUGUUUCUUUUCUUUUGAUCCGCCAUCAUGAGCUCCCUGAGCUUGCGGAGCCUAGCUCCCGCAUCCAAGAUUUCCCGUGCUUUGAGGGAUCAGAGACGUCUAUUCUCUUCGACUCGGUCCGCAGCCCGGAUCUUUGCCAACAACCCUUUGCGCGCUAAGGAGGCCAAUGGAUACAUCUCGGACAAGUACCCUGUGAUUGAUCACGAGUACGAUGCCGUCGUCAUCGGUGCUGGAGGUGCUGGUCUCCGUGCGGCUUUCGGUCUCGCUGAAGCCGGUUUUAACACUGCCUGUGUUUCUAAGCUCUUCCCUACCAGAAGUCACACUGUCGCUGCCCAGGGUGGUAUCAACGCUGCCCUUGGAAACAUGCACGAGGAUGACUGGAGAUGGCACAUGUACGAUACUGUCAAGGGAUCCGACUGGCUGGGUGACCAGGACGCCAUUCACUACAUGACCAGAGAAGCCCCUGCUAGUGUUCGUGAGCUGGAAGGCUACGGAUGCCCCUUCUCGCGUACCGAGGAUGGUCGCAUUUACCAGCGUGCCUUCGGUGGUCAGUCCAGAGAGUACGGUAAGGGUGGACAGGCCUACCGUUGCUGCGCUGUUGCGGACCGUACCGGUCACGCUCUCCUGCACACUCUCUACGGACAGUCCCUGCGCCACAACACCAACUACUUCAUUGAAUACUUCGCCAUGGACUUGCUGAUGGAGAACGGCGAGUGCCGCGGUGUUAUCGCUUACAACCAGGAAGACGGUACCCUGCACCGUUUCAAGGCCCACCACACCGUUCUGGCCACUGGUGGUUACGGACGUGCCUACUUCAGUUGCACUUCCGCUCACACUUGCACUGGUGACGGUAUGGCCAUGGUUGCCCGUGCUGGUCUGCCUAACCAGGAUCUGGAGUUCGUCCAGUUCCACCCCACUGGUAUCUACGGUGCCGGAUGUUUGAUCACUGAGGGAUCUCGUGGUGAGGGUGGUUACCUGCUCAACUCCGAGGGUGAGCGUUUCAUGGAGCGUUACGCCCCUACCGCCAAGGAUCUUGCUUCUCGUGACGUCGUCUCCCGAUCCAUGACCCUGGAGAUCCGCGAGGGCCGUGGUGUUGGCCCUGAGAAGGACCACAUCUACCUCCAGCUCAGCCACUUGCCCGCCGAGCUCCUGCACGAGCGUCUGCCCGGUAUCUCCGAGACCGCCUCCAUUUUCGCCGGUGUCGAUGUCACCAAGCAGCCCAUCCCCGUCCUGCCUACCGUCCACUACAACAUGGGUGGUAUCCCCACCAAGUUCACCGGUGAGGUCUUGACCGUUGACGAGCAGGGCAAGGACCAGGUCGUCCCCGGUCUGUACGCUUGCGGUGAAGCCGCCUGUGUGUCUGUCCACGGUGCCAACCGUCUCGGUGCUAACUCCCUGCUCGACUUGAUCGUCUUCGGUCGUGCUGUUUCUCACCGCGUCAAGGAGAUCGCCACCCCUGGCGCCCCUCACCGUGAGCUGAGUGCCGACGCUGGUGCUCAGUCCAUCAAGGACCUCGACUUUGUCCGUACCGCCGACGGAUCCAGGACCACCUUCGACAUCCGUAACGACAUGCAGAAGACUAUGCAGUCGGACGUCAGCGUUUUCCGUACCCAGCAGAGCUUGGACGAGGGUGUCGAGAAGAUCGACAGCGUUGACAAGACCUUCGACCAGGUCGCUACCAAGGACCGCAGCAUGAUCUGGAACUCUGACCUCGUCGAGACUCUCGAGCUCCGUAACCUGCUGACUUGCGCUACCCAAACCGCUGUCGCUGCCGCUAACCGUAAGGAAUCUCGUGGUGCCCACGCCCGUGAGGACUUCCCCGACCGUGACGACGAGAACUGGAUGAAGCACACCCUCACCUGGCAGAAGGAGCCCCACGGCAAGGUUGAACUUGGAUACCGUGCUGUCGAGCCUGGCACUCUUGACGAGAGCGAGUGCAAGCCCGUGCCUCCUUUCAAGCGUACUUACUAGAUGCGUUACCCUGGGGACGGGUGCCAGAGGCGUAUAUUUAAUACCUCCAUCGGAGAUGAUAUUUCCUGGGUCUUCAUCUUGUGGCGUUGGCUAUCACCAGGCUCCCAUCAGU